AUGAAGAUGUUUAUCAAAUCCAUAGAUGAGAGAGCAUGGCGCGCCAUCAUAACUGGUUGGACACCUCCCAUGAUCAAAGGAGAAGACAAAGAGGAAGUAUUCAAACCAGAAGCAGAUUGGAGUGAUGGAGAAAUACUACUCGCAAACUACAACUCGAGGGCCCUAAACGCAACAUUUAGUGGUGUUGAUGAUAAUCAAUUUAAACUAAUAGCGUCAUGUGAAUCUGCAAAGAGAGCUUGGGAAAUUCUUCAAGUCACAUACGAAGGAACGUCAACUGUAAGGACAUCCAAGUUACAGAUGUUGGCCACCAAAUUCGAAAAUUUGAAGAUGGAGGAGAAUGAGACGAUCACUGACUUCCAUGCUAAAUUAUGUGAUAUCUCAAAUGAAUCAUACGCACUCGGUGAACCAUACUCAGAAAGCAAAUUAGUGAGAAAAGCUAUGCGCUCAUUACCUGAAAGAUUCGCUUACCGAAUUGCUGCCAUUGAAGAAGUCAGAGACGUUGACACGCUCAAACUAGACGAACUCAUGGGGAAACUUCUAGCACAAGAACUCAAUCAUGGUGAAAAUCAUCGUGAAAAGUCUAGAGAAAAGAAGAUAGCCUUUCAAGCAGAAACAUCAUAUGCAACGCCCCAAAAUUCGUCAACUCAAGAAGAUGAGCAAACAGUUGAAGAAUCCUUGGCACUACUAUCGAAAAAUUUUGGGAAAUUUCUCAAAAAGAUCGAAAAAAGGGGAAAUCUUCCAAGCACAGGGAAACCCGUGAAUUUUCAAAAUUCUAGGAGAAAUUCAAAUCAAGAUAACUCAGAGGAGUCAAAACCAAGAAGAAUACAAUGUCGAGAAUGCGAAGGCUUUGGUCACAUUCAAUCAGAAUGCGCAAACACCCUGAAGAAAAAGAAGAAAAUGUCACUUACUACUGGUUGGAGCGAUGAAGAAGAAUCUGAUGAUGACCAAGGAAACAACAAUCAAGUCACUAACUUUGUAGCAUUCAGCAGCAAAGUUCCUCUGGACAGCUCAGAAUCAACUGUUGCUUCAACUGUUGCAACAGACUGUGAAACAGAAUCCAGGUAUGAAAAUAUGUGUUCUGAUUAUGAAAAAAAUCUAAACGAAAAUUCUUCUUUUGCAGAGGAUCCGAACAGCAGCAGUGAUGAGGAAGAACCAACCUUGGAUGAAGUAAAGGAGGUAUAUGAAAAAAUGUACCAAAAAUGGCUCGACGUCGUUAAGGUAAAUAACUUCCUGGAAAAGGAGAAGUUUGUGCUUGUAGAGGAAAACAAGACACUAAAGGUAAGAAUCUCUACUCUUGAGGAAAGGGUCAUAUCUAGUGAUCAAGAGAAAAAUAGUUUGCAGGCUAAACUAACUCAAACUCAAGAAGCAAUUGCAAAAUUGAACUUGGGUACAGGUAAUCUAGAUGAAAUCUUAAGCAACAACAAGCCAAACUAUAAUCGUCUAGCCAUAGGAGGGAGUCAGCUACCCAAAGUUGAUCUAAAGCGAAAGGAAGAUCAAAACAGAAAAAUCAACUUUGUUAAACAAGCUUCUGUCUCACAAACAGUUGCAACUGUUGAAGCAACGAAACACAAUUCAAAGAAAAGGUUUAUUCCCACUUGUUUUUUCUGUCAAAAUCCAGGUCACAUACGUCCUAGAUGUUUCAAAUAUUUAAAACUUGUGAAAAAGCUUGUGGCUCGUUCUCUUUACUCUGCUAGGGCUGAUUAUUUUCCUUUACCCUCUCAAAAACCCAAAAAUAAAAUUGAUAUUUCCAAUAGACCUCAGCAAAAAAUUUGGGUUGAAAAGUCCACGUUUAAAUGCUUAUCUGCGAUUACUUCUUUAAAAGCAAGUACUACUAAUGAUUGGUAUUUUGACAGUGGGUGUUCACGACAUAUGACCGGUGUUAAAGAGUUUCUGAAAAACUAUCAACAAAUCACCGGUGGAGCUGUUACCUUUGGAAACGAAAAAAAGGGUGAAGUGCUAGGGAAAGGAUCGCUAAAUCAUGAGAAUCUGCCAAAGCUGAAGAAUGUACUACUUGUAGAAGGACUCACGUCAAAUCUGAUAAGCAUCAGCCAGCUAUGUGAUCAAGAUCUUGAAGUCAGAUUCAACAAAUUCGCAUGUCGAGUAUUAGACAAAGACGAGAAUUGUGUUAUUCAAGGUUCUCGAUCAUCUGACAACUGCUAUAUUCUUGUCUCUGCUGGUAUGAACUGUUUCAACAGUCUGUCAGACUCUACAGUGCUUUGGCACAAAAGAAUAUCUCAUGAAUUCUCCGCACCUAAAACACCUCAACAAAAUGGAGUGGUUGAACGCAAAAAUCGCACUCUGCAAGAGAUGGCCAGGGUCAUGAUGAACGCAAAGGAGAUCGCUCCUCGUUUUUGGGCAGAAGCAGUUAACACUGCAUGUCAUAUUAUAAAUCGAGUCUAUCUUCGACCAGGACCACUGGAAGAGGAACCAACAAAGGAAUCGGAAAACAGCUCCAGUGUCGCACCAACAGUUCCAACAGUUGAUGCAGCAUCUACCAAUUCAGAAGAAAGUGACGUCAAUUCUGAAACAGGAGACGAAGCUGAAGUCAGGCCUCUCGAAUUGGAUGAUCAAACUCACAAGGAACCCUCAAGAAGAGUCAAAAAGAAUCAUCCAGUGGAUCAAGUCAUUGGCCCGGUAGAAGAAGGAAUUCAAACCCGAGGCUUUAGCGAUGCUGAUUGGGCAGGUGAUGCAGACGAUCGAAAAAGCACAACUGGAGGAUGUUUCUAUCUUGGGAACAAUCUCGUGUCCUGGUACAGCAAAAAACAGAAUAGUAUCUCGUUUUCCACUGCCGAAUCGGAAUAUAUCGCCGCAGCAAAUCACAAAUCUGCACUCAAAUCAAAGGAAUCCAAGAGCACAGUGAUGGGGAAACGAAAAAGCACCGGUGGAUCGUCUUCUUCGUCCAAACGACGACCAUCUCGACCAGCAACCACGUCUUCAGCAGCUCCUCCGCCGCGUCGCCGCUCCGAUGACCGCCCUGUCUUCGGGGAGCCAUGUGAUGCCGUGCCCCUUGCUUUUUGGGAGCCUCCGCUCCUUCUCACGGCUGCCUCUGCUGAGUAUUUUGGGAAUCUGCCCGUUGUUGUGGGUCAUAGGGUUUCUCCACCGCCAUCGCCGCUAGUGACACCACCGUCACCGCCAGUCUCACCGCCGUCACCGUUCAUCUAUUCUCCACCAUCUCCUCUACUGCCACACUCGCCGGCUGCCCAAUCGUCACCACCACCGUGUGCACCGCCAUCGCAACCACCCAAACCGGCCUCACCUGCACCCCGCCACCUCGCCGCUCUCGUCGACGAGUUACUCACUCUGCCUCGCCUUCCGCUACUCGCACCACCGCAGGUCACUCUGCACCGGAUCCCGUGGUGCCUAUCUCUGCUGUCGAUGCUUUUAAUUCUCGGUUCUUUCUCCGAGCGCAUCAAACCCGGUGGCGUCUGUCAAGUGGUUCAUGAUUUUUAUGCCAACCUACCUAGUGGGGAGGAACCGCAUACAUGGGGAGCUGAUGCAGCUGCUGGAACUACUACUGAUCCAACUGUUGUUGCUCCAACUGUUCCAACAGUUGAUGGUACAACAGCUGAAGUUGAUACGAAUGAUGACGAGGAGUUGUUCGUUGAUGUUGAAUAUAUUCUGGAUUAUUACUCUAUUAUGCAGUCUAAUGUUUUGUCAGAAACAAGACGGUUGGAGCGAUUGGAGAAAUCCGUGGAGAAAUUACGGAUUGAUUUUCAGAAAUUGCUCGAACAAAGUCAAGGACGACGUCAACGCCAUCACAAAAGCCGAAGGGACCGCCGCCCGUCACCGCCACUGCCGAUGCCGCUGCCGAGCCUAUUCCCGGAGGAAGAGGAAGAGGACGACGAUGACUUUUUCGAAGAACCCCAGAUUUUUGUGAGUUCCCCGGAAGAAGAAGAAUCGAAUUCCACUGAGACAAAGUGGGACGAAGAGCCGAAAGAAGAAGAAUCGGAGUCAACUGAGAUAAAGUGGGACGAAGACGAGAAAUUAACCAGAGAGGAGAGCGAAGAGCUACUAUGGAUAUUGGGAGAUUUUCAUGGUGUUCAAAAGAAAGGAUUCGAAGAACCGAUGAAAUUGCUCGAACGAAGUCACGGACGACGUCAACGCCAACACAAAAGCCGAAGGGACCGCCGCCCAUCACCGCCAACGCCACCGCUACCAUCACCACCACCGCUGCCGAGCUCGUCGGAGGGAGAGGAAGAGGACGACGAUGACUUUUUCGAAGAGCCCCAAAUUUUUGUGAGUUCGCCGGAAGAAGAAGAAUCAGAUUCAACUGAUAUAAAGUGGGACGAAGAGCCGAAAGAAGAAGAAUCGGAGUUAACGGAGAUAAUUUGGGACGAAGAUGAGGAAUUAACCACAGAUGAGAAUGAAGAACUACAAUGGAUAUUGGGAGAUUUCCAUGUUGUUGAAAGGAAAAAAGACGAACAAGAAUUGGUGAUUGUGAAUGAACCGGAAUUGGUGAUUGUGAAUGAACCGGAAUCUGAAAAGCAAAAAUUCCUAAAACCAACUCCACUAGUACCAUCUUUUCAUGCAUAUUUCCCCGGGUAA